GGAAACAUGCAGUUUUCACUUUUGUAACAACCCAGCGCUGCACUUUGUAUGGGGAAAAAGUAACGUCUGGUUUGCAGGGCCAUUUCAUUCAUUUCUAUGCGGUGAUCGUUACUUCAGGGGACAGCAUGGAUCCCUCAGGAUCAGCAGGGGCGGACGCUGCUGGUCCAGACCCAGCACAGAGUCCUAAACCCGAGCUUUCUGCAGCGAUGCGGGCUAAAAUCGAGAGGAACCGGCAGCGCGCGUUGAUGCUCCGGCAAGCCCGACUGGCGAGCCGCCCUUUGUCCGCCGUGGAGGGCGCAACCUCGGCCAAAGUCUCCAAGAUCAUCGACUCCGGCGCCGGCUUCUUCAUCGAGGAGGAGGAGGACGGAGAGGAGGAGCAGAGGGCCAGGAAGGUGGUGCAUCAGCCAGCUCCAGUGAUUGAGCCAGAUUACUUGGUGUGUGAUGACUGUCAAAAACCCUUCAUGGACUCCUACCUCAGCAACAGCUUUGACCUGUCUGUGUGUGACAAGUGCAGAGACAACGAGGAGAAGCACAAGCUGAUUACCAGAACUGAGGCCAAGCAGCGCUACCUGUUGAAGGACUGUGACCUGGACAAGCGAGAACCCCCACUAAGGUUCAUACUGAAGAAAAACCCUCACAACCCACGCUGGGGAGAUAUGAAGCUCUACCUCAGACUACAGGUGGAGAAGAGAUGUAUGGAGGUGUGGGGUUCGGAGGAGGCUCUGGAGGAGGCCAGGGAGGCGAGGGAAGAGAAUAAAGAGGAGCAGAAACAAAAACGCUUCAACAAGAAGGUCAAAGAGCUGCGCAGAGCAGUGAGAAGCAGCAUGUGGACCAAAGACACCAGCGUCCACCAACACCAGUACGGGCCGGAGGAGGUGGUGGAUCCAGAGGAGGACCUGUACAAGAAAACCUGCACCACCUGCGGACAUGAACUUACCUACGAGAAGAUGUAGGCACACACACACACUCACACACUGACAGACUCAAUCUUUAAGGACAAGAUUGAAGAUGAUGUUUGGUGCUUCUGUGGGGAACCAUGCCUCUCACAAACCAGGAGUAUUCUUGUUAUUUAUUUCUUUUUCUUGCUCAUUAAUUAAACUCUCCAUCUUCAUCACAUACAAGGGGCCAAAAUCACACAAUCCUGUGUGACACACACAGACUUUUCCCGGUCAGUAUUAAUGUCUAUUAUAAACAGCAGUCACUCACCUCAGCCUCAACUUUGACUCAUAGUUACUAUAUAUAUUUUUAGCAAUAACUUUUAUUGCCUGUUGCUACACUUCCUGUUAGGAGUUCCCUUUCACGUUCUGCAAAUCGAGGAAGGCACGAUAGUGAAAUUAGAAAAUUCUGUCUUGUGUAAAACAGUGAAUUGUGGGGCAUACUUUAUCUUUACGACUGAAACAGAUAUUGGCAUUAAGAAUAAAACUCUGCUGCCUUGUAGAAAAAUGUGAAUUGUAGAAAAAGUCUGUGGCUUUCAGCUUUCAUUGGACAUGUGUAAUCUGUUGUUGGACAAAGAUGUAGUGGUGCUUUAGACCUUAGUCUGGUCUGAAGUUGCUGGGAAAUGUUUCAGACAUGUAAAAUCAGACUUUAAUCAGAGUUUAAGAUGGUUUCUGUAAACAAACAUUUGAUACUGCGUAGUAUCAGCUGUAAGACGCAGGCUGUCAUUGUGCAGAUAUUUGUGAUGAUACGGAAAUGGUGCUGUGGGUUUGCUCAGGACUUAUUUUGAUAAUUUCUAAAAAAAAAAAAAAAGAAUAAAUGUUUUUAUCUUUGUAAAAUAAAUUUGUGUCAUGUAAAAGUCA